AUGAUUUUAUCUUUUAUCGUUUAUAUAUUUUUUAAUUCAAGUACAAAUCAAUUCCAAUUUGUACAAGAACAUUAUAAUGUUCAAUUAUUUGAUAUUUAUUUAGGAGUAGAUGGUAUUUCUAUCUAUUUUGUGUUAUUAACAACUAUAAUAAUGCCUAUUGCUUUAUUAUCGAAUUGAAACUCUAUAAAAGAAAAUGUGAAAUUUUAUUUAAAUACUAUAUUAUUAUUAGAAACAUUAUUAUUAGGAUGUUUCUUAGUUGCAGAUAUAUUAUUAUUCUAUAUCUUUUUCGAAAGUAUUUUACCUCCUUUAUUUUUAUUAAUAGGUUUAUUUGGAUCUAGUAAUAAAGUAAGAGCAAGUUAUUACUUCUUUUUAUAUACAGUAUGAGGAUCUUUAUUCUUAUUAUUAGCUAUUUUAGCUAUGUAUUCUAUAAUGGGUACAACAGAUUUUGAUGCAUUAUUUAAAACAAAUUUUGAUUAUACUACUCAGAUUAUAUUAUUUGGUGCUAUUUUUAUUGCAUUCGCUGUAAAAACACCUGUAAUAUUUUUAAAUAAUUGAUUAUUAAAAGCUCAUGUUGAAUCACCUUUAGGUGGAAGUAUUAUAUUAGCUGGUAUUGUUUUAAAAUUAAGUUUAUACGGUAUAUUUAGAUUAAUUUUACCUGUAUUACCAAAAGCUACAUUAGAUCUAACUUUUAUAGUAUAUACUAUAGGUGUUAUCACUAUAAUAUACGCAAGUUUUAGUACAUUAAGAACUGUAGAUGUUAAAGAAUUAAUUGCAUAUAGUUCUGUAUCUCACGCUGCUGUAUAUUUAAUAGGUGCAUUUAGUAAUACAAUUCAAGGAAUUGAAGGAAGUAUUGCUUUAGGUUUAGCCCACGGAUUUGUAUCUAGUGGUUUAUUUAUAUGUGCUGGAGGAAUAUUAUACGAUAGAUCUGGUACUAGAAUGAUCUAUCUAUACAGAGGUAUAGCUCAACUUAUGCCUUUAUUCUCUAUAUUAUUCUUUAUAUUAUCUUUAGGUAAUUGUGGAGCUCCUUUAACAUUAAAUUUUAUAGGAGAAUUUAUGUCUCUUUAUGGUAUGGUAGAAAAAUUACCAUUAUUAGGUGUAUUAGGUUCUACAUCUAUAGUAUUCUCUGCUGCAUAUACUAUUUAUAUGUUUAAUAGAAUUACAUUUGGAGGUUCUUUCACUAAAUUUUUUGAAGAAAAUAUAUUUGACACAACAAAAAGAGAAUUCACACUAUUGUUUAUAUUAGUUUUAUUUACUGUUAUACUUGGAAUAUACCCUUCUUUAAUAUUAGAUAGUUUACACUAUUCUGUUGCUAAUCUAAUUUAUAGUUUCUAA